UCAUCCAGACCGUCAUGCGUCCACAAUAACGUGUGUGACCGACAUCCCGCUGGUCGGUGAGCCCGCUGUCCCCGUUUACCGGAACCGUUAAACGGUUACAGCAGCGGCUAGCGAGUUGGCUAGCGUUCGGAGCGGCGGAGGUAGCAGCUAACAGCUACCAGAAGAUGGAGGAGUUUCUGUCGGACUGUCGCCGCGCCGUGCAGGUGAACACGGAUCAGCCUGGUUCAGGGUUCCAUGUGGUUCUCGGGAAUGAAGCCUGUGACGUGGACUCCAUGGUGUGUGCUCUGACCUACGCUUACUUCCUGUCCAAGGCUGUACAGAGCGAGAUGCUCGCUCUCCCUCUGUUGAACAUUCGUCAGUCAGACCUGGUGCUGCGGUCAGAUAACGUCUUCCUGCUGCGACAGAUCGGUUUGUCUCCGGAUCUUCUGCUGUUCAGAGACCAGCUGGACCUGCGAGCGCUGCAGCGAGCCGGCCGCCUGCGGCUGACGCUGGUCGACCACAAUGUCCUGCCGAGUACAGACAGAGACCUGGAGGGGGCAGUGGUGGAGGUGAUCGACCAUCACCUGCUGGAGAGAGAGCCCUCCUCCUCCUGUCCUGUUACUGUGGAGAUGGUGGGAUCCUGUGCUACCCUGGUAACAGAGCGCAUCAUUCAGAAAGCUCCAGACAUCCUGGACCAGCAGGUCGCUCAACUGCUCUACGCUGCGGUGGUCUUGGACUGUGUCAACAUGGCUCCCUCGGCAGGUAAAGUGACUCCUAAAGACAUUCAGUUUGCUGCAGUCUUAGAGAGUCGUUUCCCUGCUCUGCCACCAAGAGGCGCUCUCUUCCAGACUCUGCAAGAUGCCAAGUUUGAUAUAUCAGGUCUGAACACUGAACAGAUGUUGUUGAAGGACAUGAAAUCUGUUUCAGGAAGUUUGAAUCUCGCCAUUUCUAUUCUGUACAUCAGCCUGGAGGACUUCCUGCAGAGGGCGGAGUUGGAGGCGGAGCUCUCAGGUUUCUGUCUGAAGUUUGGAUUCGACCUGCUGCUGCUGAUGACCAUCUCCUUUACUGAGAGCAAUGAGCCAAUCAGAGAGCUUGCUGUGUUCAGUCACAGCGCUGCCUGCAGGGAAGAGGUACACACUGCAGAUACACACUGCAGAUACACACUGCAGGUGAGCCUCUACCUGGAACAGGCCCGUAACCCCGCCCUCAGCCUGUCUCCAGUCAACAGCCCUCAUCGUCACAUCACAGCCUAUCAGCAAGGAAACUCUUUGGCCUCUCGUAAGAAGCUCCUCCCCAUCGUUAAGGACUUCCUGAAGGAGCGGGAUGGAGAUGGUUUACUGGGAGACUGUCGCCUGGGAGACAUGGAGGAGGAAGAGUCUCGGAUCCCUCCGACCCCCAUGAACAGUCUGGUGGAGGGCUGUCCUCUGGACGACGGCCUGCCUCACAUCAGCGCUCAGGACCUGGAGGAGAAGUUCAGCAAGAUGGCUGACCGAGGAGGGAAGUGACCUCUGACCUGUCAUCAGGACGGCUCUGAGGACCGUCCGUCCGUCCGUCCGUCAGAGAGGAAACAUCAGAUUGAUGUCACAGAUUAUAAACAUGGACGCCAUUUUCAGAUCCAACAGGUUCAGUUUGAGGUUUGCUUCCACCUGGACUGAUUUUACUGAUGUCACUUCCUGCAGUCAGAAUCUAACCAGUCAGACAGUUUUAUUAUCUGAUGAAUGAAAUCCAAAAUCAUCAUCAUCAAGUCACCACAGGCUGCUGUGAUGUCACCACAGGCUGCUGUGAUGUCACCGCAGGCCGCUGUGAUGUCAUCGCAGGCUGCUGAGAUGUGACCGCAGGGCACUGUGAUGUCAUCGCAGGCCGCUGUGAUGUCACCACAAGCUGCUGUGAUGUCAUCGCAGGCCGAUGUGAUGUCACCACAGGCUGCUGUGAUGUCACCGCAGGCCGCUGUGAUGUCAUCACAGGCCGAUGUGAUGUCACCACAGGCCGCUGUGAUGUCACUGCAGGGCACUGUGAUGUCACCACAAGCCGCUGUGAUGUCACCGCAGGGCACUUUAAUGUCACCGCAGGCCGCUUUGAUGUCACCACAAGCUGCUGUGAUGUCACCAAG